AUGCCGCGAAGAAACGGUCUGUUCCGGUUAAACGAAAUAUGCGUGCAGUACAUUGCCAACCACAUAGAGUUCUGGUGCGAGGACUACACUAAAAACUACAUGGGGAAACACAGCUUUCUCCACAUCAUUGGACCUUUCGAAGAUUUGACUUCUGAACAGGUGCAGAAAGUGUUAUCAACAUUACAGCGAAAGCGCCAGCUUGCACGUCAUCAUUUGCAGCUACUCUUACAUAACCGAGUUCAACAUCUUGAUCUGAGCGGUUGCAGUAAAAUUAUCAAUGAUCAGAUGAUUUAUGUGGUGGCAGCAAGGUGCAAGAGAUUGAAGAAUUUGAAUUUAUCCAACUGUAGUCGUGUCAGUUCCAAGGCUUUUCUGACACUAGCAGACAAGUUAUCUGACGCUAUCUGUCUGAACUUGAAACAAACGCGCUGCAUUGGUGACGCCCUAAGACUGAUUAUCACAAACUGCACAAAGCUCAGGGAGCUUAAUCUGCAGGGAGUCCAGGUGAACGAUAGUGACAUCUUUUUGAUGUGUCAAGCAGCACAGAAAGGGGAGGGAUGUUGUAGGUUAGUCUCACUGGAUGUCCUAGACACGUGGGUAACUGAGAAAGCCGUCACUGCAGUCAUCAAUCACUUACCAGAAAUCAGACAUUUGAACUGUAAUAACGUAUUUGUUAUUUUCCCUGAGGGAAUGGAAAGACAUGGGCAAGAAAUAGAUGGAUGUGAUGUUGGAAUUGCUCCCAAUAAAAUGUGUAAACUAAAGUCUUUAACAGCUGAAAAUCCUAAUGCUUUGAUUACAGACAACAAUUUGUUUGUAACUUGUCUUCAUUGCCCCGAAGUCACAAAAGUCGUGCUUGCUGGCCCACACGGUUUCACAGAUGCUGGCUUGCGCCAUAUUGUGUCAUUAAAUAAGCUCAAGGAGCUCACUAUAAGUAGCCAUCAUAAUAAUAUUUCAUUUUCUGGUGGUGUGCUUCCAAUUCUUCAAGCUGUCGGGAAGAAGAUAACACAUCUACAUUUGCAGGAUCUAGAAGAUAUUGAUGUUUAUGCUAUCGGAUUUCUGUGUCCUGAACUGCAAAGCCUAAAUAUUGAUGUAAGAAGUCUUGACAUUUGUAACUUUAUAUCUGAAUCCUCGUUCAAUACACAAGCAGUCGGCCAGCGGCGAAACCCAUUCGACAAACUGCGAAAGUUAGUGAUGUAUGCACAGGAAGAAAACAUGACCGAUGACACCAUGUUGGUUCUCCUAAAACACAGCCAUGAACUCGAAACUGUUGACAUCAUUCACAUGGGAAGUUUCAAAGAUGCAGUUCUUUUAGAAGCCUUAGAAAACAACAGGCUGUUAAAGCUUUGCAAAUUGAGUGUGUUUGGCUGUGGUAGUCUCUCGCAUGCACCGAUUACUCAAUUACUCCUGGAUGAUCAAAAUGAAAUUGGCGAUAUUCGAUUAUUAGAAUGCCGUGAAAUUAGUCUCCAGGAUAGUCGAGACUUCCUAAAAAUUAUCAGGAAGGGGCGGUAUAAUGUCACAUUGGAGUGGACCUAA